AUGACAACGACAACAUGUUUUUGCAGUGAUCAGAGUGUUGAUUUAUUUCCAGAAACAGACAAACGAAGAUUGAAGUACCUGGCUUUCAACCUGCAGGAGGAUUUUGUGCUUGAGUUAUUCUAUAUGGAAAGAAGUGAGCUGGAGGAGACGAUCUCAGGCUCCUUGCUGGAAUUGAUGACAGCUAGAGACAAGGAGAGAAACAAGUGCAACAUGCUGCUGUUGAUUCUGAUGGCCACCCUGGAGUUCUCCCUCCCACUGGAGCUGAUUCAAGACACUCUGAGGAUCACCAAUCUAAGCAAGAUUGGGAAUGCUUUCACCCCUGACCUGUUCCUGCUGACCCCUGGACAAAGGGUCAACAUUGUGGCUCUGCUGGUGGGAGCAGUCAAGCUGGACAAGGACAGUAAACAGGAUGGAAGCAUAUACGACCAGCUGUUCCUGUGUCUGUACUUCCUGCUUACGGAACUGAUCAAAGGAGGCGUGUGCGAUCAAAGGAACCCACAGCUGCUUGUCAGGAAGUGCAGAAACUCCAGUCACAAACGGUUCCAGACUUUGCUGGCCUCAGAGGUAGCUGUUCUGUUUGCGGCUGUCCCCGCAUUUUACACCUUCAUCAGGAGCGACUGCAGAGUGGCACAGCUUCUCACACUGGCCACGGGGGAUCAUUGUGCAGCUGAGAAGGUUGCUCUCAUGAUGCAGAGGAGCGCCAGUCAGCAGCAAGGCACAGGGCAGGCUGUGGAGCUUGUCUCAGAGUACAUCACCCGCCAGAUCCAGGAGUCUCACAGCAGCCGGCGUCACCUCAGUGCCAACCCCUCCCACAGCAUCCAGGAAUCCUUCAUCCUCUCUGCCAGAAACGUGUUGCCCCGUAGAUCUUUCUCUGCCAUUCUCCAGUCCAGUGAAACAUUACAUCAGGGAAUUCGGAACUCAACGUGGAUGAAAACAAAGGCUUGGAGUCAGUUUUCUGGACCUGCAGAUCACGUCAUUAUGCCAGAGUUAGGAGAUAUAGUUCUUCUUGGACAGCACAAUGUGGGACGAAUCCUUGCACUCCCUGAACCCAGCCUUGCACACAUUCAAAUGGAUACUGUUGCAGCACCCAAUGGCUCUCUGGUGGUGCACAGAGGCAGACACAUAGACGAACACUACUGUUAUGUGGAUCUGACCCUGCUGGAGUGGGAUGGGAGGCUGGGAUACUGGAAGCCCAAAGGAUCUUCUGGGGACAGAAUCACCCACCAUGAUACAACCAAAGAAGUUGAUACUGUAAUCCCAGUCUGCUCAAUGGAAGGCAACUAUAAAGAGGACUUGCCAUCUAAAUGUCCCAAGGGAGUUGCAACCACCCUAUUAAAAAUGGCUGACACUGAGAGGCCUAGCUCAGUUUCUAUGACAACUGAGCCUUCAGCCUCCAAGAAAACAGAAAAUGGAAUGACAGAGUCUCAUCAUCUAGGCUCCUUGUCUGCAUCUUUCAAAGUGAAAGAGGAUAGUGAUCUGAACCCAACAGUCCCUUUUAACAGUGACAGUGACCCAGCAGCGUCGACAUCCACAGAGAGAGCACUGGACUUGACUGCAGAACAUGAAAUAGGGCCAGGACAAGAAAAACAGUCUUUAGGAAACUCCAUUGAACAAGCUGAGCAGGAGGCAAAAGACAGCUGUUUCCUCAUCAAUGACCUUAACAAGGCUACAGAGGACCAUGGGUUACUGGAACAGGGGGACAGCAGGCCACCAAGCCCCAAGAAGAAGAUAAACUUCAACCACAAGGUGACUGUCAUUCCUGAUUCUGAAACAAAUUCUUGUGUCACUGGAAGGAGCAAGCAGUUGAGAGCAAAGAGUGCAAGAAGAAGGAUACCCGGUGUUUUCCACAAAGUUCCUGUAAUGGACACUUUUUCAGCUGAUGAAGGGGAGCUCUCCUAUAGGCCAGAGAGUAGCUCAUCCUACCAGGCACGAUGCAUUGAAGCAUGGAGACAAGUCCCUCCAGGAACCCCCUUGGAAACAAGCUUCCUCUCAAAAAAUGACAGGUCCUGGUCGCACCACCAUGCUCCCAAAAGCACCCCACGGGUUAGAGGUCACUGCACAUCGGCGACCAUCCAGUCCGCCAAUGAGUGGUUAGCCAGAGGCCAGCACAUUUCCUCGCAGCAUGCUUUGCCUAGACUGCCCAAGCCAGUCUAUCUCAUCGGAUUGCUGCAGGACACAACAGAGGUCAGAAAGAAACUGUUCACCAGAUCCCAGCAGAGGCGUUCCACCUUACUGAGGUCUCAGUCUCUGCUGUUGACACCCCAGCCACAACAAGGCAGGUCCCACAGAAAGGUUCUGGAUUUUGGCUUAUCAGUGAAAACUGCGUCGCUGGAAUCGCUUCACUCCACCCACCUGAGAUGAAAGCAAGCAAGACAAUUUUGAGCCACGGGGGCAUUGUUUGCUUUAGUUUUAGAAGCGCAUGGGCCCCUCUGGACAGCUGUUUUCAUUGUCACUGUGAUGCUUUUCAUCUACAACUUCUGUA